AUUAUCGAUAAUAUGCGAUAACUUUUUCGUUAAGGGAAAGGAAAAAAAUUGAUUAUAAUUUUAUCACUUUAGAUCCUUUUAGAAGGUAAAAUAGAGUCCUGUGGCAAUGUUGUACUUGGAGGACUAUUUGGAGAUGAUUGAGCAUUUGCCGCAGGAGUUGCGCGAUCGCUUUACCGAGAUGCGCGAACUGGAUCUGGCCGUGCAGAACAAUAUGGACUCUCUGGACAAGAAGUCACGCCUUUUCUUUCAGCAAUGCAAACGCGGCGAACUGCAGCACGAAUCGAUGGACACAGAGUUCCAUGGCCUGAGGCGGGAAUACUUCAAGGUAAUGGAAGAUGCCGAUGAAAAAGUGGCGAUUGCUACGCAAAUCCAUGAGUUAGUCGAACGUUAUUUACGCCGCCUCGAUAGCGAACUCUUUAAAUUCAAAUGCGAGCUGGAGGCGGAUAAUAAUGGCAUUACCGAGAUCUUGGAAAAGCGAUCGCUCGAACUAGAUGGCAACACAUCGACAGCAGCCUCAGCUCUGAUGUUGAAUAUGAAUCAGAAGGAAAAUCGCUAUAAUCUGGUCAAUAAUUCGGCAGGAAUUAUAGCAACUGGUGGUGGAGCGUCCAAUGCACACACCGUCGCAGUUACCACACCGGUCGGUGGUGGUGCUGGAGCCGGUGGGGCAGUUAAUCCAUUAAGUGCCCAUCAAUUAGGUCAUCAGUUGAAUCAGCGUCAUCAUCGCAAGCUAGAGAAACGGCGUGAGACCAUCUGUACUGUGCCCGUGCAAGAGAAACGGCCAAAUCUCAAUCAUUCACUGCCCACAUUAAUGGCAGCAUCGAAUACCACAUCCUCCGCAGCAGUAGUCACAGGUGGCACCGGGCAACCCACAACUCUACCGACGGUGGCAAAUCAUGUAGGUCAUUUGCCAACAUUGCCAGUGGCACCGGCAACAGUAAAUUCCAUAGUUACGGGCUCAACAGCUGGCGGGGUUUCCGUUGUCCGUCAAUUGGCAACGAAUUUGUCCCACAAUCAUGUCCUUGCCACUGGCUCAACAACGGCCAAUUGUGGUCCAAAUGUCUCGGCGGCUGGUGGCUCAAGUGGUGGAUCUGGAGGAGUAGGUGCAUCGAGUGCUGGCGGCAACGUGAGCUACAAUCUGCAGCAUCUGGGUGGUGGGGCAGCUGCCUCUAGUGCCAUAGCAGCGGCGGCCAGUCAGGCUAUUGUGGCAACCCAACAAAUGCAACAGGGACGCAGGACAGCCAGCUUGAAGGCCAGCUUUGAGGCCAUACAUGGCGGAACUACUGAUUUCUGGGCAGGAAGCGGAGCGGCGGGUGGUGGUGCGGCAACUGCAGGUGCUGCUGGUGGUGCAACAGUGGCGGCAGCUGUAGCAAAUACAGGUGCUGUAACUAGUACCAAUCAUCAUGGUCAACAUGGUCAGCAUGGUCAUGGCCAUGGACAUGGACAUGGCCACGGACAUGGUCAUGGGCAUGGACACGGUCAUGGUCAUGCACAUGGGCAUCAUACACUGCCAGUCAAUUCUCUGCAGCAUUUGCAGCAGGAGAAGAAAAAGAAAAAAUUAAAUACCCAUAUCACGUUGCCCACUGUUGCAUCACUGCAGAAUUCAUCCUCCGCUUCCUCCACUGGAUCCUCCUCGCUAAAUGUUAUAGCUGCAUCGGCAUCGUCUUCAUCAUCUUCCAGCCUUAGUGGCGGGAUGGGAGUUGGUGUCGGCGUGGCAGUGGAUACGUUUGAUUUGCUUGCUGCAAGUGGACCAGUUGGAACUACCAAUGCCUCACUCGCAAAUCACAUUACGUCCAGCAACGCCGGCGGGAGCAGUGUCACUGGCGGUACAAAAAAUCAUAUGACUUCCAAUACAUUGCCCAUUUGUCCGCCAGCCUCUGGCAAUCAAAUCGGGAUCUCAUCAACGUCUAGCCAGGCCACAGUACUGCCUACGCAUCACAAUCAACAUCAUCACCAACAACAGCAGCAGCAGCAGCAGCAGCAACAACAACAGCAGCAUCACCACCAACAGCAGCAGCAGCAUCACCACCAUCAUCACCAUCAUCAUCUGCCAACCACCACGGUGUCAUCAUCAUCCGUCUCCUCAUCGUCAGUGUCGUCCAAUACAAAUUCUGGACAGACUCUUAACAACAGCCUGCCCACCAAUAGCCUGCCGCCACCCUCGCUAGCCUCCUCCCAAUUGACCAUUAAUGAGAAUGGACUCGUUGUGGAGCAAACAGCCGAGGGCGGCGAAUGGUCCUACGAUCCAAAUGAGCCACGCUAUUGUACUUGCAAUCAGGUGUCCUAUGGCGAUAUGGUUGCCUGCGACAAUGAUGCCUGUCCCUACGAAUGGUUCCAUUACCCCUGUGUGGGCAUAACCCAACCGCCCAAGGGCAAAUGGUAUUGCCCCAAAUGUACCGCCUCGAUGAGGCGACGAGGCAAUCGAAAGAAUUGAAUAUCAAAGCUAGGGAAAUCCUUACAGAAAUUUCGUUGGGAUUUUAGUAGGCACCAUUUUAAGUAGCCCAGAUCAAGAGAGAGAGAGAGAGAGAGAGCACUAGUACUUGAAUUACUAAUGUAAUUAUUAUUACAUCAUUGAGGUGAGUUAUUUUACUUUAGUUUUGUAAGGCCCUUACACAAAGCAACCAACCAAUAUAUUACAUACAAUUCCAAUUUUAAAACUAAUCCCAAUUUAUAUCGAUCAUUUCAACCUAUUUGUUUUAUUUUAUUUUUUUUCCUUCUAUAACUUAUUUAUAAAAAUAUUUUUAGAGUAUUCAAUUUUACACGAAACUCAGCCGAAUUAGCGGAAAGUUAUUAUUAAUUA